GUCAGAGCAGCUGGAGUAAAACACAAUGCUCCAGUAAGAGACAGUGUUAGAGACAUGAGGUAAAGCAAACUAACAAAUUCGUUUGCUCUUCACUAUUGAAAUUUAAUCUAUAUAAUCCAAUGACAGCUAGGAUCUGACACCACCAUAGACAAUAUCAUAAUAAUAUCUUUAAGAAAGGACACGACACGCUUAGUGCGCGGUAACCGAGGAGUAAAAGGAAGCGAAGCGUAACAGGAAGCGAAGUGUAACCGAAAGUGAGGUGUAACCGGAAGCGAAGCGGAACCGGAAGCGAGGUGGAACCGGAAGCAGACGUGCCGCCAUGUCUAAGGAGUUCGAGAAGGCUCUGCGGAUCAUCUCCAAGCCCCCAGAGCAGCGCCAGUCUCACGAGAUCCACCAGCUGGUUCCCUGGCUAAGGUCAAAGGCCAAGCUCUUCAAGGGACUCAAAACUG